GUAAGCACGUGGUGUUGGUCACGUGUGGUGACAUCACGCUCAACAGGAAGUGUGGGUCUGGCAGCUCAGCGUCGGCUUGCGCGCCGCCGGUGGCGUCAUGGCAGACGCCUGUCCGAUCAUCAGCUCGGUGCAGAAGCUGGUGCUGUACGAAACUCGCGCGAGGUUCUUCCUCGUGGGCUCCAACGACGCAGGUUCCAAGUUCCGAGUGCUCAAGAUUGACCGCACUGAGCCACGUGAGCUGAGCCUCAGUGAUGACAAGCACGUGUAUAGCGAGGCAGAGGUGCGUGAUCUGUUGGGCCGCCUCGACCUGGGCAACCGUGCUCGCUCCGGCGCGAGAGGGCCCCUCCUCGGCCUCCCGGGCCUUUCUCGUGCCACAACUGCGCACGGCAUCGUCGGGUUUGUGCGCUUCCUGGAGGGCUACUACAUGGUGCUCAUUACUAAGCGUCGCAAGGUGGCCGAUAUCGGGGGCCACAGCAUCUACAAGAUUGAGGACACCGUGAUGACGUACAUCCCCCACGAAUCUGUGCGCGUCAGCCACCCAGAUGAAGCCAGAUAUGUGAAGAUUUUCCAAAAUGUGGACCUCUCAAGCAACUUCUAUUUUAGCUACAGCUACAACCUCACGCACUCGCUCCAGUACAAUCUUACAAUGUUGGGUACGGCGCUAGACACCCCCCCCUCCACAUCCGCAACCCAAGCGUCCGUCCUCCCACUGAGCCACCGCGCCCCGCCCAGCAGCUUUGACAUCUUCGAGGAAGAGGGGUUGGCCCCACACCACUCGCAUGGCAGCAGGUCCGGCGUGCGCUGCGCUUCGUGCAAGAAGUAUGUGUGGAACAGUUUUCUGCUCGAGACCUUCCAAGGGAGCGUCCAUCCAGAUUGGGUCCUGCACAUCACACAUGGAUUUUGUGCACAAUCCAAGCUCGUCGUGUACGGACGGCCAGUCUACAUAACCCUCAUCGCGCGCCGCUCUGCUCGCUUUGCCGGGACAAGAUUUCUCAAGAGGGGAGCAAACUCCGAGGGGGAUGUGGCGAACGAGGUGGAGACGGAGCAGAUCGUGCAGGACGCCUCGGUGAUGACCUUCGCCCACGGCCGCUUCUCCUCCUACGUGCAGCUGCGUGGCUCCGUGCCGCUGCACUGGUCCCAGGAUAUCUCCUCCAUGAUCCCCAAGCCACCCAUCACGCUGGAUCAGGCAGACCCGUACAUGCUGGUGGCCGGGCUGCAUUUUGAUCAGAUGCUGCAGCGAUUUGGUUCCCCCAUCGUCAUCCUCAACCUGGUCAAGCGUCACGAGAAGCGUCGCCAUGAGAGCCUGCUGAGCGAGGAGCUGCUGGCGGCCGUCGGCUACCUGAACCUCUUCCUCCCCCCUGAGCACCACAUCCACUAUAUCGCGUGGGACAUGGCCAAGUACAGCAAGAGGAAGCAUGUGAACGUGCUGGACAAGCUGAGUGACAUUGCGGAGGGAGUUCUCAGGAAGACGGGUUUCUUCAUGAACAAGCGGAGCUACUAUUGCAACGCUCUGCACCUCGAGGAGAGAUUGGAUGAGAUCGGGGGACUAAGGAUGGCUGGUCGACAGUUACAGACAGGAGUACUACGGACUAACUGCGUCGACUGUCUGGACCGCACCAACACUGCACAGUUCAUGGUUGGAAAGUGUGCGCUCGCAUAUCAGCUGUACGCUCUGGGAGUGCUCGGCAGUCCACAGCUGGAGCUUGACACCGACGCUGCCAGGAUACUGGAGGAGUUGUACGAAGACCAUGGUGACACGCUGGCCCUGCAGUACGGAGGCUCCCAGCUGGUGCACCGUGUCAAGACUUACCGCAAGCUGACGCCGUGGACCUCACACUCGCGGGACAUCAUGCAGACGCUCUCCCGCUACUACAGCAACGCCUUUUCAGACGCUGAGAAGCAGGAUGCAAUGAACCUGUUCCUGGGGAUGUUUGUGCCUCGGGAUGGGAGGCUGCAUCUGUGGGAGCUCACGACGGAUUACUACCUCCACCACACGGAUGCCACCCGCCUCCCUUCCGCGCUGCGCAGCUACACCCGCUGGUGGUCUCCGGUGCUACUCUCAUGUCUUCCACUGCCCUACGUUCCACGUGCAGGACAAGAGACGGGUAAUCAGCCCGCGGGGUCCGAUUGCCUGGGCGAAGGCGCCGAGGAGGAGGAUGAGGAGACGGACGUUUACACCGAGUUCUUCCAGCCUCAUCAGCUGACCUGCCUCGAAGAAACCUUCGCCUUCACGAUGCCUUGCUCCACCCGAGACUUCAUGCCCAAGGGGGCGUCCAUAAAUCCAAGCCCAUUCAUCGUGCGGAAACCUGAAGAGACCAGCAAGAGCUCUCCUUCGCUGAGUAAGGCACGUGAGGAAGGGCUGGGGGCGGUGCAGCGCAAGACGGUGGCGAGCGCUCCACCCCCGGCCCCCCUGGAGGACACUCCGUCCAGCAGCUCGGGGGACGACUCGGCAUCGGACGCCGACGAUGAAAACUCGGCGUCCGUGCGCGGCUCCCCGGCCCGUCCCAACCGGCAUCCCGGAGAAUGUGUGGAUCCACGGCAGGUGAUAUACCCUUCGGCGCAGAGUGUCUACGGAGUCGACAUCACGAAGCAGCUCAGUCUGCAGGACCAAGAGCUGUAUGCCAAGUUUGUGAAGCUGGGCGUUGACCACAAGUCGACGGAGCCGAGCGUGCGUGUGGCCUCCAUCCUGGAUGUCUCUAAGCUGCUGACUCCGCUAUCGGUCUUCCCUCCCGCGAGCGUGCGCCGCGUGUCUCCUCCGCGCGUCUCCGCGCCUGCGCUGGACGUGUACGAGGCGCACGUCCGUGCCGCGCGAGGCCACACGCUGGAGCCCCGCAGGCACGACCUGGUGCUGUACCGACAGCACGUGCGGAACCGCUACAUGUGAAGCGUGCUCUACGUGCUGCCGCUACACGUGACACGCACUGCAUGCAGCUGCUACGUGUGACGCACACUCUACAUGCAGCUGCUACAUGUGAAGUGCACUAUACAUGCAACUACUACACGUGACACGCACUCUACAUACAACUACUACAUGUGACACGCACGUGACAUGCAUUCUUCAUGCAGCUGCUACAUGUGACACGCGCAUGACAUGCAUCCUUCACGCAGCUGCUACAUGUGACGCACACUCUACAUGCAGCCACUACAUGUGACACGCACUCUGCAUGCAACUGCUACAUGUGAUAUGCACUCUUCACGCAGCCGCUUGAUGUGACGUGCAGUCUACAUGCAACCGCUACAUGACACGCACUCCGCAUGCAGGCGCUGCAUGUGGUGUACAUUGCACAUGUCGCCACUGCAUGUGACACACUUGACUUUGUUUUUUUGCACAUCCUUUUGGCCGCACUGUCUCCUUGGAGUGUGUAUGCAUUUCCGCAGCAUUGAAUCAAUACAGCACAGGUAAACUCUGGACCCGUUUCAGCAUUCAUUUUGUUUCUUAAGCAGGCAGGCUUAAACGAAUACUGAUAAAAUUCCAGAUCUUUCUAGGCAAUGACCCUCUCUGUUGGAUAUGGGUCCUGAAUGAUUUAAAAUGUCAAUUGAACCGACAGCCAAUCGGGGCGAGGCUGGAGCCAGGGCCAGUCAUCUCACCGCCGUACAGAGGUCGCAACCGGGUACCCGAUACUCGUACCCUACACGAUACCCGGCUACCCGUACCUGGCCGGGUACAGGUAGCCGUUUGCGACCCUGGUGCGGCCGGGUACGGGUACGGGUAAGCCGCGAGUCACUGGUGAGUAGCCGUUUGUCACUCAUUUCGGGUAGGGUACAGGUACGGGUAGGGAACGGCUACCCGUACCCAGCCGGGUACGGGUACGGGUACCCAUUUGCGACCCUGGUGCGGCCGGGUACGGGUACGGGUAAGGAAUCAAAACCCGUUUGCGACCUCUGCCGUCGUAUGACAUGCCACAUGAGGAUAACAUCGUGUUUCAUGAGUGUCGCGAACACGUUUCUUGUCACGCAAGGUACACGGCAUUGCGAACCCACCCGCCCCCAUUGUCGUGAUUGGUUACAGCAGGUUUGAUGUGUAUUCUUAGGUUUUUUUCGGUAAAGUCACGUAGGUAAAAAAAUUCAAAUUAAUGUGGCGGUGCUGGAAGGGAGUUGCUUCUAUGGCUUUGCUGCCCAGUUUUUAUAAAGCUUUGUGUUUUUUCCCCGUUCA